UUCCUUGGACACAUGAGCAAUACGAAAAAGUCACCCAGUAUCUUUUCAGGAAAUACCUCUAAAAAUUUCUCAGUCAUAACUUGUGUCUGGCUUCACACUCCAUGACAAAGGCCACUGUUUUCUUGUGAUGAUGAGGAGUGUCCACUCUGGCCAAAGUCCUAGCUACUGACACAGCCCUUCACAUUUAGCAUUUUCAAUCACUCUGAUUGGGAUCUCAACCCAAGGGCUGCAUUUCCAAAAGAACAAGACCCUUGCCAGCCAACUGGGAAUUCAGCAGUUCCAUGGAGGGGGGACUAAAGGAGCUGUUACUUUCCCACUAUUUCCAGCACAGGUCUGUGUCACACUGUUCACAUCAUGCAUCAUUCAUCUGCUGUGAUGAAAUGUAACCCCGUGUUUUAAAAAAAGACCUCUGCAGCAGUGAGGAUACUAUAUCUUUGUGAGAAGCGUUUCACAUAUUUUCCAUGGGCAUCAACUGCUCCUGCUUCUAUUUAAAUCUGUGUGGCCCUCUUCAGAGGGCAUUAUUCACUUCAGGAAGUCCAUUCAGAAGGUGCUGAGCAUAAGAAGGGGAGAAGCCAGGAUGGCAGCAGACAUGGCUCCUGAAGAAAAGCCGAGCACUGCUCCUGUGAAAAGGGCUGUCCACAAGAUCCGAAUGGCCAGCCAGGUCUUCAGCUUGGCACGAGGCUGGCAGCAGUGGGCAUCUGACCACCACGUAAAGCAAGAGCAAGAGCCCUCUGGAUGGGUCCCCACUGCAGAAAGCUCAUCAGGUCUGCCUGUGCAGGAAAGUUCCUUCGAGAAAUGGCAAAUUCCAUGUGUCAAGAGGGACCAAGAAAAAGAUGAUGAAAAAUCCUUAGCAAAGGGAUCGGUGACGAUAAGAGAUGCUGAAAAACAAUCAAGGGAAUCAGAUGAAGACCCCAAAGUGUUCAGCAUUAGAAGCAAAGAGGUGACCAAAACAGUUGUCAGCAAAGCCUACGAACGAGGGGGCGAUGUCAGCCUCCUCAGUGAAAGAUAUGAGAACAACAACAGCAGCUCCGAGAUGACCAAACUCAAAGAAGAAUCAAGUGCUAUUGACAAACUUCUGAGUAAUAAAUUACCUUCAUCCAUAAGGAGGAAGUGUUCAAAUGUGGUAUCAGAGCUGACCAAGGGCUGGGAGAAGAUGGAAGAAGAGGACAAAGACGGGGCCAAGGGAGAGCUGCUGCUGAAGUGCCGUGAUGAUAGCCUGGAUGCCCAGGACAGUGGCUACGGGGAAGCAGAGGACAAGCUCGAGCAGGAAGACAGUGACCGGGAGGUGACGGCUGCGAGGAUCAAACGGCCUGUCCCAUCUCUCGCCAGCCGGCUGAGCGAGGAGGCGCGGAGCAAGGCGCGCAGGAAAUGCAGCGCCGUGCACAGCCUCAAGGACAGGUGGCAGGAAUGGGCCGACCAGCACAUCAUAACGCAGAAGCUGAACCCCUUCAGCGACGAGUUUGACCACGAGCUGGCCAUGUCCACGCGCCUGCACAAAGGAGAUGAAGGAUACGGCCACCCAAAGGAAGGAACCAAAACUGCUGAGAGAGCCAAGAGAGCUGAGGCCCACAUCCACCGGGAGAUCAGGGACAUGUGCUUCAUCAUUGAAUCCAUGGCCAAGCCACGGCCCGACGGCAAGAUCCAAGUCACUUUUGGGGAACUCUUUGACAGAUACGUUCGUAUUUCAGAUAAAGUUGUUGGCAUUCUGAUGAGAGCCAGGAAACACGGGCUGGUGGACUUUGAAGGAGAAAUGUUAUGGCAAGGAAGAGAUGAUAAUGUCAUAAUUACUUUAUUAAAAUAAGUUAGGCUAUAACCAGAACAGCUUUUAGAAACCUUUUCUCCUCCUUUGCCAUUAGCAUUUGCACAUUUUGAAUACAAGAUUCCCCUGUUCACAACAUACAAAAGAGUAUUUUUUGAAAUAUGUAUUUUUUAACUAGUGCACGAUAACCCAAACAUCCAAAUGGACUUCAUUUUGUACCAGAAGUGCUUGCAGGACAAUUAAGUUAAUUACUACGAAAAAAAUAAGGAGAAAAAUCUAUACGGAAUGUAAGCAGCUGAUGGUAAAAGCCCAUGGCAACAUAAAUAACUACAAACUAAUUCCAAUUUCUACUUCUUGUUACAUUAAGAUAUUCCUAACCUGU